AUGUUGUUCUAUGGACUUACUUCUACACAAGAAUACGACAUUAUUUGGAACGUAAUAGAUGCCGUUAUGUUCUUACCGACUGUGUUUGGAAAUACUUUGAUUCUUCUGAGCAUUGUCCGCUUCCGGCGUUUACGCACCAAAAUACACAUUUUGAUUGGUCACCUUGCUGUUAAUGACCUACUGGUUGGAGCAACACUACUUCCGUUAGAAACAGUUGGUGACUCUUUUCACGUCGACCAGGAAAAAUAUUACUGCUUGAUAAAACUAUCAGUUUUUACUUUGACGUUAGGCGGAUCCUGCAUGGGACUGUUUAUCAUUUCCGUUGAACGAUUCUCAGCUGUAGCAUUUCCGCUGAAGCAUGCGCACUUCACAAAACAAAAACUUGGCAUUGUCGUCUGCAUUGGGUGGAUUUAUGUUCUGUUUUGGACUCUUUCGCCCAUCUUCGGUUGCAAUACGUUUGAUUCACGGUACGUGUCUAAUUUACAGUGUAACGCAAGCAUCAUCUGGGGAGGAUGGUGCAAAUUCGGGAUGAAUGUGAAUUUUGUUUUGGGACUUUCUCUGAACGUUGGUUUCUACAUUUGUGUGGUUGUUAUUGCAAUAAAGAAAGUGAAAGAGCAUGGACGUCAAACAGGAACCAGCACAAAUCUCUUCAGAUCUCGCGAGAUGUCAAAGACGGUGACAAUGGCGGCUGUCCUUGGACUUUUUGCACUAUUUUGGUCUCCAUAUGCGGCAAUGACUCUAAUUAUCACCAUACAGAGGAACUGUACUGCAGAACUGUAUUAUAUAAGACGCUGGUUUCUCCUACUAGGACUGUUUAAUUGUUCACUUAACUGGAUAAUUUAUGGUCUUAAAAAUAAAGAUUUUAAGGAGGCAUUCAAAACAAUAAUUUGUAGCAAUAGAUGUGUUCUUCGAAAGCGUACUCGACGGAUCGAGUGCGCAACAAUACAAGCGGGAACACGUGAAACUUAUUGUUGACGUCAUACGCUAGGUUGUG